AUGGCAUCUUCUAUCGAAGCUGGAGGCGCGUGGACAACUCAGGAAGAUAUUGCAUUGUAUCAGUCUUGGGUGAACGUUAGUCAUUGCCCUGUCACAGGCAAUGAGAUGAAGUUCUCUCAUAUCUGGAGCAAAAUUCAUGGAGAAUUUUGUCAAAAAUCGGGUCUCAUUCGGACCGAAAUGGCGUUGUCUAAUAGAUGA